AUGGCUAUGGCCGCUCCGGUUGAAUUGCUUCUGGGCUCAAUUGCGUUUGCUACAUUCUGGGUUCUUGCGGUAUUCCCGGCUGUCCCAUUUCUUCCGAUUGGUAGAACCGCCGGAUCUCUUCUCGGGGCCACGCUUAUGGUCAUUUUCCGAGUCAUAACUCCUGAUCAGGCCUAUGCUGCCAUUAAUCUCCCGAUUCUCGGUCUCUUGUUUGGUACAAUGGUAGUUAGUACCAAUCUGGAAAGAGCUGACUUGUUCAAAUACUUAGGUAAGUUGCUAUCUUGGAGAAGUAUGGGACCAAAAGAUUUGCUGUGUCGAAUCUGUAUCAUUUCCGCGAUCUCAAGUGCCCUCUUCACUAACGAUACAUCCUGUGUUGUUUUGACGGAAUUCGUGUUGAUUAUUGCAAGGCAGCAUAAUCUUCCACCACAUCCGUUCUUACUAGCCUUAGCGUCGAGCGCGAAUAUCGGGUCUUCAGCAACUCCGAUUGGGAAUCCUCAGAAUCUAGUUAUAGCAAUACAGAAUGUAGAAGCUCCUGCUUCUGUGGAAAUGGUGGCUGAAGAAGAAGUGAUUUCGCACCGUUUUUCUCCAGCAACUAUGUCUCAUUUCACGUCUUCAAAUUCCGAAGAAUUGGACUCUACGUUGGGAUCACUGGAAUCAUUGAAUAGUAGUAGUAGCUCUCCGGAUGUAAAUGGUCACAAAAAUAAUCAGGUUGAGACCAUUCAGAACAGAGGAGCUGUGAAUGCGAAUGAAACACAUAAGAUAUCGACAGAGAGUAAACAGGAAAGCGUAAUUUCGAUUGGUGAUCUCAACAUAAUCAGCUGUGAAGAGAAAUCAGAAUGGAAAAGAUUAUAUUGGAAAACUUGUGUUUAUCUUGUCACAAUUGGAAUGUUAAUAUCCUUGCUAAUAGGUCUCAACAUGUCCUGGACUGCAGUUACUGCUGCCCUGGCUCUCGUCGUCCUGGAUUUUAAGGAUGCCCGUCCGUGCCUUGAAAAGGUUUCAUACUCACUGCUGAUAUUCUUUUGCGGAAUGUUUAUCACCGUUGAUGGAUUCAAUAAGACAGGAAUCCCUAGUGCGAUGUGGAAUUUUAUGGAGCCUUAUUCACAAAUCAAUCGCAUCAGUGGAAUGGCGAUCCUUUCUCUUGUCAUACUUUUCCUCUCAAAUUUGGCUUCAAAUGUACCCACAGUUCUACUGCUAGGGGCACGCGUCGCGGCAUCAGCGGCUGCAAUAUCUCCGUCAAGUGAGAAGAAGGCGUGGCUGCUUUUAGCUUUUGUCAGCACAGUUGCAGGAAACCUUUCCCUGCUGGGAUCGGCAGCCAACCUGAUAGUACACGCAAGAAAAUUAAAAUUACUCAUAAAAAGUCAUCGGCGCGCCGCCGGCCAUCCAGCCGCCCGCUAUUGUGGAGCUUCUCUUCUUCACGGGGGAGAAUUCAUCGUGAACAUGGAAGACAUGGAAAGUUUGAAUGAUUUGGGACAGCCUGCAAUGUUCCCCGAUGAUAUAAUUUUGGAGAUUUUGCUUCAUCUGCCAAAGAAUUACCAGGUUCGAUUUUGUUUGGUAUGUAAAUCCUGGCAGAACCUAAUAACCUCACCCGACACCUUCAAACUUUUUAAUCAUCAAAUUUCUUCUUCCAGACAAAAUAUCAAUGGUACUGCCAAUGACUUUCUUCUGCUAGCCAAUUGUUGUGAAGCUGAUGAAGAACCAGAGGUUCAGAUUAGGAAUCUGUUUGGUAAAUUGAAGGAGAAACUAGCUGAAGACGAAGGCCUGAUUCGGACCCAUCGGCUCUUCUUUGAAGAUGAAGGUGAGAUUAGUUUUGUGGGUUGCUGCGAUGGAUUGCUAUGUUUUGUUAAACACGGCAAAAACAAUGGUGAUGUGUACCUUUGCAAUCCGGUUUUGGGUCAGGUUCGGGCUCUUCCGAUGACCGAGUUUACACCCGACCAUAUAUGCGGUAGUAAGAACACUCUCGCCGCAUUCUUCUAUGAUGACCACAGCAGUGACUAUAAAGUUGUGAAAAUGAUAGAUUGUGCUUUCGGGUUGAAGGUUGGAGUAUAUAGUCUGAGGAGUAACUCUUGGACAAUAUUAAGGACCUUUAUCACUCCCCGCAGCCAGGGAUUUUUUCUUUUAUGCCUUCCAAGCCAAAGUUCAAGAGCAAAGUUCUUAGUUCAUAACCGCCGCGUCUAUAUACUGCUUUAUCGUCAUGGUAUGGGAAUCUUGGAUGUAAGCAAAGAAGAAGCUCCACUAGUUUUCAAGCCAACUCCGGAACCUCUUACUAAUCUAAAUAAGAUAUUCCUAUUUGAAGGAUCUGUUGCGGUUUCGAGUCAUCUUUUUCCCAGUUCUUACGGUUAUAGUGACCUGUGGGUGUUUCAGGAGGAUGCCAAUGAUGACAACGAUGAUAUUUGGCAGGUCAGGACUAAGGAUUGGGAAAAAUUCUGGACAAAAAAGUCUGUUCCUCCUGCAAAUCGUCCCACUAUUACUCCCCUUCCCUCCGAAAGGUCAUAUUGGGUUGUAAUAAUGGGCACAAAUGAGAAGUUUUCGCAGAUGGGAUCUAAUUGGCCAGCGGAGUGGCGGCAUCUUGUUGUAACUGAUUAUGUUCCGAGCUUAAUUUCAAUAAUGUUCCUGCCUCUUCCUCCUCCUCCUCCUCCUUCUGUUGGUGAUGGGAUGAAAGAAAAAGGUCCAAGGAGGAAGAAUUAG